AUGGCGGUUGGAAAGAACAAGCGACUCACCAAGGGUGGGAAAAAAGGCGGUAAGAAGAAGGCGGGCGAUCCUUUCCUUCGGAAGGAGUGGUAUGACAUCAAGGCCCCCAGCAUGUUCAGCGUGAGAAACUGCGGUAAGACCUUGGUGUCUCGAACUCAAGGAACCAAGAUUGCCACAGAGGAGCUGAAAGGCCGCGUGUUGGAGGUGAAUCUUGCGGACCUGAACAAUGAUGAGGAUCAGGCCUCCAAGAAGAUUAGGCUUUGCAUCGAAGAGGUCCAGGGUCGCAGCUGCCUCACCGACUUCCAUGGCAUGACUUUGACCCGUGACAAGAUUUGCUCCCUCAUCAAAAAGUGGCAGACGUUGAUUGAGGCGCACGUUGAUGUCAAGACAACUGACGGCUACGUGGUCCGCCUCUUUUGCAUUGCCUUCACCAAGCGUCGUCCAGACCAAGUGAGAGCCAAUUGCUAUGCUCAGUCAGCUCAGAUUCGCAAGAUUCGCAAAAAGAUGGUGGAGAUUAUGACCGCAGAAGCGAGCAAGGUGCAGCUCCGAGAGCUUGUGAAGAAGCUGAUCCCGGAGUCCAUCGGCAAGGAAAUUGAGAAGCAAACCCAGGGGAUCUUCCCUCUGAAGGAUUGUUUGAUCCGGAAGGUGAAGAUUUUGAAGAAGCCCAAAUUUGACAUUACCAAGCUGAUGGAGCUCCAUGGUGAUGGCGGUGAUGACGCUGGUGUCGAGAUGAUGCGCCCAGAGGCAGAUGAUGCCAUGAACACGUUGACUGCGGAUGUGCUUGCACGCAAGUUUAGAUUUCUUGCGCUGAUCAAUUUAGUCCUGCUGCUUCCCGUCUCAAUGUUUGUUGGAGUCUACUUCUUCAUGCGUCAUGCCCAAGAGUUUCGUUCACAGCGGACAUCGCCAUUCAGGAAGCAGUGGUCCGACUAUGCCUACUGGACAUUUCGAGAAUACAACGAGUUGCCCCACCAGGUUGAUGCCAGAAUGUGUACAGCUCAGGGAGCUGCAGAGGCGUACAUCCAUGCCACAAAACCCACUUCGCCUGUGCUCAAGUCUUUGCUUCGGUGUGCCAAGUUCAUCUCAGGAUCCAUCCUGGCGGCACUGCUUCUCGUGGCCUUAUGGGAUGAUACUCCACUUCUCUUCGUCAAAGUUCAGGAGAAAAACCUGCUGUGGUACCUUGCUUUUUUUGGUUUCGUAUUUGCAGUUGUGGACAGUGCCGGCGAGGAAGAUUCAGGAGUUGUGGAUGGCACGCUCGUGAUUUAUUCAGGCAAAGGAUCUGGCUCUGAAGCUUGUUUGCAUGCACUUAGCACUCCGCUCCGGAUGUAUGUUGCGUUGAUGAAAAUGGUGUCCUGCACGCAUUAUUUGCCUGGAAGCUGGCGCUCUCCAGCAAAGAUCACAUCUUUAGCAGGAGCAUGCAGUGGUCUUCGGCGUCAGAGCCUGAUUUAA